GGAGGAGCAGGAGAGGGGGAAGCGCAAGGAGAGGCAGGAGGCGUUGGCGGCGCGAAGCAGGAGCUGCAGUCACGAGGGCAGCAGCAGCAUCAGGGGCCCCAGCAGGAGGCUCAGCAGGAGCAGGGAGGAGGAGGGGAAGGAGGAGGCGGAGGGGGAGCAGUGGCCUGGUGCAUACCUGUGUUGCAGCAGCAGCUCGCUCCCGUGGCAUUGCAGGCGCAUUCACUCACAAUCCUGGAGGACGGACCCAUGGGUCAUGCGCCCGUGCAUUACUGUGCUGGAGAGCCCUGGUGGCGCCGGCGUUGUACGGAUGACCACCGCGAUACGACAACGACAAAUAGCCACGAACAGCAAUAACGACAGCUACUAGACCUUGCCAUGUUAAAGCGGUGGAGACGGCGUGACAUUUC